AUGUCGCCAUUUUCCCAAGAUAUGUUAGAUGGUAUUGCUGGUAUUGGACCUAGUUACAAGGGUCCUUCUUAUGAUAAGUUAAGGGUUCACUUGUUGGCUGAUCUUAAAAGAGAAUGUCAAAUGCUAGUUGAUAGUUAUAGGAGUGCAUGGAAGGAAACUGGAUGUACCCUCAUGGCUGAUGGUUGGACAGAUCAAAGACAAAGAACGUUAAUCAAUUUCCUGGUCUAUUGUUCUAAAGGUUUGUACUUUGUGAAAUCAAUAGAUGCUUCCAGUAUCGUAAAAAAUGCUUCACACUUGUGUAAUUUGUUUUCUGAGGUGAUUGAAUGGAUUGACCCUAAUGAUAUUUUGCAUAUUGUAACUGACAAUGCGGCCAAUUAUGUUGCUGCUGGUAGGCUUAUCAAUAGAAAAUAUGAUAAUAUCUAUUGGUCACCAUGUGCUGCUCAUUGCCUAAAUCUUAUUUUAAAAGAUAUAAGCAGCAUGGCGCAUAUUUCUAACCUUGCAACACGUGCUUUAAAGAUCACAAGCAUCUUUGACUGUAAAAAGGAUUUGCAAGCAUUGGUUGUAGAUUCAAUUUUCACUGAUCACAAAUUAGGAAGGAGUGCUACUGGAAUGCUAAGGGCAGAAGAUGCAAUUAAAGAGAUGUUUAGGCAAAACAAGACUGCAUAUCAGCUGUACACAGAUAUUAUCAACUCAAAAUGGGACAAGCAUUUGAAGAAAGAUCUUCAUGCGUGUAACAAUUUAGAUUCAGUUGAGACAAUGAAAGAAAUACAUUUAUAUAGAGAUCGGAAGGAAAGUUUUGAUAGACCAGAAACUAUUCGAGUUGCAUCUCAACUAAAGCCUGAUGAAUGGUGGAGGUUAUUCGGUAGCUCUGCUCCAUGUUUACAAAAGAUAAUUGUUUGCAUUCUUAGCCAAGCAUCUGCUUCUUCUGGGUGUGAGAGAAAUUGGAGUCUUUUUGACCAGAUUCAUACAAAAAGAAGAAAUAGAUUGGAGCAUGAUAGACUGAAUGACAUUGUUUAUGUUACCUAUAAUUUGCGUCUUAAAUCCAGGAAGGAAAAAGAAAAAAGAAAGCAAAAGAUACAAUAUGAUCCAAUUGAUUAUGAAAGUAUCAGUCUAGUUGACUUUUGGGUGACUAAAGAGGUUGUAGAGAAAGAGCCUGAUCUUCCUAAUAAUGUGGAUAACUUAUUGUUUGAAAUUGAUGCUGAUUUAUAUCAAAGUGGCAGUGGUAGUAGUGGUCUUUAUGCUGCAUCUCUUGAUUCUUCUGCUCAAGAGGGUGGGAAUGAAGGUGAAGAUAAUCCCAUCGAAACAGAUUUGCAACAAGUUCUUGCAGAUUUUGAUGAUUGA